CCAACAUGCUGCACAUUGUCAGAUGUGUUGCCUUGAGAAAAUUGGACAACUUCGGGACUGGAGCCGCUUGCAGGAAGCAGAACACUAUGACAUCAGUGGCUUCCCUCUCAGGAAUGAUCGCUGGUGGUACAAGUGAAUUAUUGAGGAGCUGCCUACGAUUAUAAUUGAAGCUUUAUCGAACCCAACUCCAUCAAUUGAGCGGCCCAUACUAUAUACAGUGUGGCUCAACUUCUAAAGAGUAGCCGGACCGUUUCUUCUCUCAAUAGGGAUCUUCAACACGACGUCACUCGUCAACGACAAGCUACGCCUAGAAUACCUUCACCAAUAAUGCCUCUCGGCUACAGUAUGGAGACAGAUUCAUCCUCCGAAUACAGAGAUGGAGGCGGGCAAGUCCCCAGUCCUGUCGACUCAGACCUCUAUCAGCGGAAUCAACAAGAGACCUUACUUAACUUGGAGACAUCACUACAGCACACGAUGUUUUCCAGUGGCGGGUUAUGGCCAGUUGCUGCAAUUUCUCCUAGCAGCUACGAUGUCUCUUCCUCGCAUGAUGAGCAGCAACCUGUGGCUGUCUGGGAAGAAUCGGCCCGGAAAGCGAAAGCAGAUAUACCCAGUCGACAAAAGAAUAUCCUGAAUCAAGACCUAGACGCAAUCCAUUUUCCUUAUGGGAACUUGCCGUUUGACUUCAUGGCUACAACCUCAGUUUCUCGGAGGGGUGGAGGGCGCGUAAGCGAUAGACGAAAAAGGCAAAACCGAGAUUCACAGCGUGCUUUUCGAGCCAGGCAGCGAACGCUCGUUCAGAGUCUCGAAGAACGACUGGCAGAUCUGACACAGCAGUAUAGGGAGCUUGAGCUCGCGUACCUGCACCUCAAUACUGAAACCCAAAGUCUUCUGGAGAAAAUUGAGGCCAAAAAAGAGGUCGUGGAUUCAAGUGUGCCUUUGUAGAAAGAAAGCUAUGAUUAAUCCACUGGAAUGAAUUAAGCUGUAAUUAUAUUGAUAUGAAAAUUGUGUAUGUAGCCUAGAGAAUAGGACGGUAGUGUCUGGCGCUAAAAUCUUGAAUUACGGGCUGGGCUGUAUUAGAUAAUUCAACGAAUUACAACCACGUAAUCGCUGACCUCUACAAGUAGCU